CAACAAAUUUCUUUCACGGGGAAUAGCUUAUCGCUUUUUCUCGAGAAACUUCGAAUAAUGAGAGAAAAUUUGCAAACAUUAAAGAAUGAUAUUUUAAAUUUAAAUUCCGAGUACAGUUCCAGAUGUGAAGCUGUUUUUCGCACUUUAACAAAAGGUUUUGGGAAAGGUUGGAGAAAUGAAGAUUCGGUACUUUAUGAAAAAUUUGUUCGUUUGUCUCAGAUUCAAGAGCGCUUAGAUCGUUCACGAGAAAUUUCUGUGUUUAUGAAUAGUAUAAAAGAAGUAAAACGGCUUAUGGAUUCUAAGGAACAUGAGACUUUAUUCGCUGAAUUAUCGAAAUUUUUGUGCAAUAAAUUUUCUUCUUUGGAACCAUAUGACGACUACAAUACGGAAGUGGAUAAAAUAUUAGGAGAAGUUCGUCAUUAUGUUUCAGUUUCACUUCAAACUUUUUUUGAUGCCAUUAAUUUCCCAUUUGAACGGGAUAUUGACCUUCGUUCAAUCGCAUCUACUAUAAGACAAAUUAUUAUCUUAAUAAAAUCUGCAUGUAUUAUCGAAUCAAAAAGCAAAAAUUUGAUCAUUAAUCGCGAAAAAGUGGUUAAUUUAUUAUUUACUCCACUGAAGAAGCGAUUUUAUUUUCAUUUUUAUUCUGGUCGCAAAACGGAUGAUGCCUCUAAGCCAGAGUGGUUUUUCACUCAAAUUCUCACUUGGAUUAAUGCAAAUAUGGAAUUUAUUGAAUGCAUUUCACAAGAAAUUUAUAUUGAAAAGGCAGUUUUAUUACAUCAAAAAGCUGUAGCGAACGAUUUUAUUGAUCAGCUUUUAAGCUUAAUUACCGGUAAAGUUCGGAUUACUUUAAAAAAAGUUACUGAUGAACGAUUGCUUUAUUCCCAUCUGAUUGACGAGGCUAUUGCCUUCGAAACAGAUUUACAUGGUAUUAUAUUAAUUUCCUUUCAUUGCAAAAUAAAAGAAAGCCCUUUGAUGAUUGGACGAGUCUUAUCGAUAUUCUGCGAGGAUUCUUAUAUCAACCAGUGGCUAUUACUUGAACAGGAUUGCUGCACUUCGGCCGUUGAAAAUUUACUCACAUGCCAGGAUAAGUGGAGAAAUCGCUAUAUGGAUUCAUCGGAUAUUGAUUUGGUUGACUACUCCAAAUUCAUAUUGCAAUUUUUUCCACUGAAUUUCCUUAUUUUUCGCUUUAUGACGCAUAAAAUUUCACAUAAAAUUUCUGUAAACCUCUAUCGAGUUUCUGAAUGCACGGACCAAUUUAUUUUAUUACUUGAAUAUUUAACUGCUCGUUAUCGUUGGAUUGAAUCUGUUAAACUACAAACAAGAUUUUUAGAACUCCAGGUUGUUAUUGUUUAUAUGAUAUUGCUCCUUGAUGACUUUCGACUACGUUUGGUCCAGAUUUUGCAAGAGCUUACUUCUCCUUGGGAAGAACCAUUCAUUCAAAUUUUAAAUUCAUUGUACAUUGCUUAUACAUUGGAUAUGUGGAAUGAUGUGGAUGUUUUUAUUCGCAUUCAGACAAAAGGAAAACAUAUCUACGGUCGUGGUGUUUUUGAUGAAGUGGCUCAUAUGUAUAAACAUCUAUGGCAGCAACGUUGCAAUGAUAUGGCUUGCGCUUUUUAUCAGCAAACUAAAGCUCAGCUUGGUCGUUAUGAAAAAUUGAAUUGGUUAGAUAUAAAUAUUUUUAACAACAAGAAUAUUUUUUCUGUUUUAAAAAGUUUAGGAAUUAGCUUGCUUGACAGUGAGGGUGUUCUUCUUCUUCUAACAGCUCUCACCAUUACUGGUUAG